CCGAGGCAAAGCUUCGUGAGUCAGUCAGGUGUUGAUUGAAACUCAAGUUUCUCUUCUUCAGGAUUUGUUUUGUAUUCAGCGCUUCAUACAUUUCCUAAACAUACUAUUAUGGGGUUCCUGUUGUCCAAGAUGAUGGCGGUGUUCGGAGAUAAAGAGCACAAAGUCAUCAUAGUGGGUUUGGAUAAUGCUGGUAAAACAACAAUCCUCUACCAGUUCUUGACAAAGGAGGCCGUUCACACGUCACCCACCAUUGGCAGCAACGUUGAGGAGAUCAUUGUCCGCAACACUCACUUUAUGGUUUGGGACAUCGGAGGGCAGGAGAGUCUGAGGGCCAGCUGGUACUCGUACUACUGCAACACAGAGAUUGUCAUUCUGGUCGUGGACAGCACUGAUCGUGAAAGGCUGACUGUGACCAAAGAAGAGCUUCACCGUAUGCUUGCACAUGAGGAGCUACAAAAUGCUGCCAUUCUCGUUCUGGCUAAUAAACAAGACAUAAAGGGCUCGAUGUCAGCAACAGAGAUCUCCCAGUGCCUCACGCUCGACUCCAUCACAACGCACUCUUGGCAUGUACAAGCCUGCUGUGCCCUGACUGGAGAAGGUCUUCCUGCCAGUCUAGACUGGAUGAAAUCGCACGUUGUGGCAAACUGAUGCUCCCUCGGGUGGAUCAAACUUGUCUGAAAAGAAAAACUGAGCCAACGUCCGGUGCUAGUCAGUAUGUAUGAUCAGAGUCAGGAUGAUCUAUUGGGCUGGUGUAAUUGCAUCUCAGGCAGAGCCGACUCACCACUCAUGCUUUGUUUUCAUAUGGGAAUCUGCAAAGAGCUGCUUGGAUUCCUUCAGAAUCACAUUGAACAAACGCCUUAAAGGUUUCAGGGCUGGUUUUUGAUUGUUGUUAUUGAAUAUCUGUGUCAUUGUAUCUUUAUAUUGCAAUUGGGAUAUAUUUGAUUUUUUUUUUUUUGACAAAAACUAUGACUGUAUCUUCUUAGAAAGAUACAUAAUAAUGUAAUCCCUUUAUGCAUUAAUGAAAUUUCUCAGGUGUUGUUGUGAGACAACAGCACUCCCCUAGCAAAAAUACAUGAAAGCCUUUGAAAUACGUUUUUAAUUAAUGCAGUUGCAUAAAAAAAUCCAAUUUGAUGAAAUUUAUUCAGUGAGUAAAAUUUGCCUCACCCUAAGACAAAAUGACACUUGACACCCCCAAUAUUUCCUGUAAAGGAAAUGCAAAUGAAGCUCUACAGAGGUUCAUAUCCUCUGCAAAGUUAGAAGAACAAGUGAAGAUAUCAUUUCAAUUAAGGCUGAUGUUUGUCAGUCAUUAUAAUCAAUACACUAGGGGAGCUACAAGAAAAUAGUUUCUUCCCUAAAUAAAAAGCCUAAAAUAGCUGAAACUGUGACCACACCCAACAUUAUCUUACCAUUACAUCCAGUCAAGAUGAUGGCACAUGUGGCUCACUGUUUAAAAACUCCUUCAUUAUUAGCAGCACCACUUAUUGCCUUAACUGUUAAGCUGCAAACUAAUUGCCCUGAAUUUAUUUUGUCGAGUUUACAACUUGGUGCCAAUAAGUUUUAAAUCUAUACUUUAACAGCAAACCGAUAAAUAAGAUUUGUCAGAUUUUGUCUGUUUAUAAUGUAGAUAAUCAUGAACUCAUUUUGACCUUUGACUGUUAUUUAUUUAAUUCUUUAAGUUCUUUCCAUUCUUAGAAUUUAAAAUCUUUUCUAGAUAAAGCACUUGAUUUUCCAAUUUUAGAAGCAACUUUUCAUGCACAUUUUAGCAGAUGCCUGUUAUAACAGUUAGCCUCUAAUGAAAUUAAUGUAUGUUUACAUGAUGAGAAAUUCCUGUGGCCUCUUCUUUCUCAGUAACUCUGCAACAUUGAUAAAAAAAAAUGCUGAAAUCUGAGUUAUAAAGGUAAAUUUUGUAUUUUAUCUCACAUCUGAAGGUGUUUUUAUAUGUAUCAAAGCUCUCUAGUUUAUUCUGUAUAUUAUAGAAAAAAACUAUUUCCUGGUCGGGAAAAGGAGCUGGCUGCUAAAGAAAAUAUGUUAUAUUUAAAAUGUAAAUACUGUGUUUUGUCAAUUGUUUUUUAAAUAAAUAACAAUAUUGCAA